UUUCACGUUUUUAAAAAGUCGCACACGUGCAUUUCAAAACCGCCUUUCUGCCCUUUAUUUACUUUGGAAAUUCGGGAUAUUUAGACAGAGGGCCAAGAACGCACUAGCUCCAGGAUGGUGAAGAAGAAAAUAGACAACCGGAUCCGGGUGAUGAUCGAGAACGGCGUGAAGCUGGGCCACCGCACCAUGUUCAUUGUGAUUGGCGACAAGGCGCGCGACCAAGUGCCGAUCCUGUACGACAUCCUGACCAAGUCCACGGUAAAGGCCCGGCCCACAGUGCUGUGGUGCUACAAGAACAAGGACGAGGCCAUAUCCAACCACGGCAAGAAGCGUGCCAAAAAAAUAGCCGUGGGCAAGGUGGACGUUAACGAGGCGGAUCUGUUCGAUUCAUUCCGUGUGGCCACCACCAUCCAUGGCAGAUACUACUCGGAAACGCAUGCCAUACUGGGACGAACAUACGGCGUCUGUGUGCUGCAAGACUUUGAGGCACUCACGCCCAACCUCUUGGCCCGCACCGUGGAAACGGUGGAGGGUGGCGGCCUGAUCAUCCUGCUGCUUAAGACCAUGCAGUCCCUGAAGCAGCUCUACACGAUGAGCAUGGAUGUGCACAAGCGUUACCGCACAGAGGCUCACCAAACGGUCACCUGUCGGUUCAAUGAGCGCCUGAUUUUGUCCCUGGCGGAUUGCCAGCGCUGUCUGGUGGUCAACGAUGACCUCACCGUGCUGCCUUUGAGCUCCAAGACCAUUAAUGUGGUGCCUGUGAAUCCCGAUGGUGCUGGCCGCUCGCCCAACGAGUCCAGCUUGAGGGAGCUCAAGGAGAGCCUGCUGAACGUCCAGCCAGCUGGGGCCUUGGUUAAUCUCUGCAAGACCUACGAUCAGGCCAAUGCCGUGGCCCAGUUCAUUGAGGCCUUGGUGGAUAAGCAACUGAAGCCGCCCAUGUCCUUGACGGCUGCUCGUGGUCGUGGCAAAUCGGCUGCCCUGGGCCUGUCCAUAGCCGCCGCUGUGGCCUUUGGCUAUGUGAAUGUCUAUGUGACAUCACCGCAUCCGGAGAACUUGAUCACCCUCUUUGAGUUUGUCCUCAAGGGCUUCGAUGCGCUGGAGUAUCAGGAGCAUGCAGACUACACAAUUAUACGCUCCACGAAUGCCGAGUACAAGAAGGCCAUUAUAAGGAUCAAUAUAACGAGGAGCAGCCGCCAGACUAUACAGUAUAUAGCGCCCAGCGAUACCCAUCUCCUGAAUGCAGCCGAUCUGCUGCUAAUCGACGAGGCGGCUGCCAUUCCCCUGCCGCUGGUCAAGAAGAUGAUUGGUCCGUAUUUGGUAUUCAUGGCGAGCACUAUCAAUGGCUACGAAGGCACGGGCAGAUCCCUCAGCCUGAAGCUCAUCUCCCAGCUGCAAAAGGAUAAUAAUGCCCGGCCACCGCUCAAGCUGGAGGAAUCGAUACGUUAUCAGGAGAACGACGACAUCGAGAAGUGGCUGAUCAAUUUGCUCUGCCUGGAUGCCAGCACGGUGCCGGGUAUUAGCUCGGGUUGCCCCACGCCCGAUGCCUGUGAGCUGUACUAUGUGGACAGGGACGCAUUGUUUUCGUAUCACAAGGCAGCCGAGGCCUUCCUGCAUCGCCUCGUCUCCAUCUAUGUGUCGUCGCACUACAAAAACACCCCAAAUGACCUGCAGAUGAUGAGCGAUGCCCCGGCACAUCAUUUGUUCUGCCUGCUGGGACCUGUUCAGCGAAUGGAUGCCUUACCCGAGAUCCUAGUGGUUAUCCAAGUGGCCCUGGAGGGUCAGAUUUCGGCCCAAAGCAUCAGUGAAUCCCUGGGCAGGGGCAAGAAGGCAGCUGGAGAUUUGAUACCCUGGAAUAUAGCAGAGCAGUAUGGAGAUCGGGAUUUCCCAAAGCUCGGUGGCGUAAGGAUUGUGCGAGUGGCAACGCAUCCCAACUACCAGAGAAUGGGCUACGGCAAGCGGGCCAUUCAGCUGCUCAAGGAUUACUAUGGUCAUAAGUUUACCAAUAUCGAUGAUGUGAGUGCCAAAAAGGAUGACACUGCCGGUGGCAUUGAGGAGGUGGAGGAGGAGCAGCUUAGCCUGCUCAAGGAGCAGAUCCGACCCAGGAGUCGCAUUCCCACGCUACUGCAGCGCCUGCAUGAACGCACUCCUGAAGCUGUGGACUAUAUUGGCACCUCCUAUGGCCUCACCUCCGAGCUGUUGAAAUUCUGGAAAGGCGCCGGCUUUGUGCCCGUGUAUCUUAGCCAAAAAUCCAAUGAACUGACCGCCGAGCACAGCUGCAUCAUGCUGCACACCAUCAGCGAGGGCUCGUGGCUGCCCCUCUAUUACCGGGACUUCAAGCGGCGAGUGCUCAAGCUCAUGGGCAAGACGUUCCGGGAGUUUGAGACGAAACUCUGCCUGGCCCUGCUCAAGAACAAGGUCGGGGAACAGUCCAGCCAGCUCCAGAUUGUGGAGCGCCUGGACAAGCCCAUGCUGGAUGUCUAUUUCCUGCCGCACGAUCUGCAGCGCCUGGAGAGCUAUGCCCGCCAGCAGUCCGAAUUCCGGCUGAUUCUCGACCUGCUCACGGACAUUGCUCAGCUGUAUUUCCAGGGAAGGAUCGAGGGACUGCAGCUGGAUCUGGUGCAGCAGGGCAUCCUUUUGGCUGUGGGCGUUCAGGGUAAAUCGGUGGAUACCCUUGGCCAGGAGCUCAAUAUGCCGGGCAAUCAGCUUUUGGCCAAGUUCUUUGAUGCCAUGAAGCGAUGCAAUAAGUGCUUUAGAUCCAUCCUAGAGGAGCACAUCGAGGGCGGCAUGCUAAACGAGGCCGAUCUGUCCACGGGCGAGGAACUGCAGCCGCUGAGCUUGUCCCUCGACAAGGAACUGGAUCAAACGGCCCAGAAGCUGAGCAAGCAGCAGCGCAAAGAGCUGAAGCGACUGAAGGCCGAGCAGCUGGACGAGUUCCAGAUCAAGGGCAGCGAGGAGGACUGGUCCAAGGCCCUGCAGACCAAUGGAUCGGCAUCGGCGGGCGGUGGCAGCGGGCUGCUCUCCGUCAAGAGUGGCGUCAAGCGCUUGGAUGGAUUCAUAGACCUGCCAGAUGACCGGGAACUGACUGCUCCCUUGGCCAAAAAGAAAAAGAAAAACAAUCCCAAGCUAAAACGCAAUCAGGGCAAGUCCCUGAUCUAGAUACAUUUUUUCUUU